AUGGCAGCAGUCACUGACCACUUGGCUAACCCAAAGCCUCCCUCCGAGGCCUAUCAGCGAGCGUCUGGCUCCGCAGACUUCAUCAGGUCCAAACUACCAUCCCACCUACAGAAGCCUCGUGUAGCCAUUGUCUGCGGCUCUGGACUCGGAGGUAUUGCAGACACCGUAACUGCUGAUACUAAGCUCGAGAUUGACUACCAUGACAUUCCAAACUUCCCAAAGACCACUGGUGAGUCUUACCAUCAUUCGUGGGAUAUUGAUGCUGAUAAGCACAUUNNAGUCCAAGGACACGCCGGCAAGCUCGUGGUUGGCACCAUGGGAGAGACCAAAGUCCCUGUUGUCUUGUUGGUAGGCAGAGCACAGUAA